AUGACGAGUUCUGUCAGCACGAAUCCAUCGACCCUCUUGCCUCUCGAGCUCGUGGACAAGUGUAUCGGAUCGAGGAUUCACAUUAUCAUGAAGAAUGAUAAGGAAAUUGUGGGGACUCUCCUGGGGUUCGACGAUUUCGUGAAUAUGCUCCUGGAGGAUGUCACUGAGAGCGAGGCCACCCCGGAGGGCAGGCGGGUUACCAAACUCGAUCAGAUUCUCCUGAAUGGAAAUAACAUAACAAUGCUGGUGCCCGGUGGAGACAUGCCAGAUACGUAAAAAAUUCCCUUCAAAAUUCCAUAAUUUAAGGUUCAGAUAAUGAUGCAAGUGACGUGAUAAUAAGUCCAUUAUUAUUGUAUUGUAACAAAAUCGAGAACAUUGUCUUUUCUAAUUACAUUAUUUUUGAAGUAUUUAACAUGGCAUUCAGACGAUCAAUUGUUGCCCCUAGUGGGGGACGACAUUCAGGGGAUUGUGACCAUAACUCUCGGUAUAGACUCUUGUAGUUUCCACUGCACUCGUCGUCGAGACCCUCAUCAGAAGGGCGGGAGCCUUUCCCUGUGAGGUAAAGAAUCGUGUGGGGGUGAUAAGUGGAGAACGGAGAUUCUCGGGACAAUAGUUGCCAGGCGAGAAUUCCGAGUGAGUAAAUGUCUGAACU